ACCUUAUGUUUUUUUUUUUUUUUUUUGGUCGAACUGUAGCUUACCUUCUUGACACGCCGCUUCUUCCUCCCCUCGACCUCUUUUUCAUAUCUUAAACGAAUCAAUGCAUCGUAAACACCGCCCGGACAACCGUGCCGACCCAUUCGUGCAUCCGAAAAAAGGGGGAAUAUACCUUUUGGGAUAAUUCCAGGCGGCAAGCAAAGCAUCUCAUUUCGAUCUUAUCCCCACUUCACUCGGACACUUUUACAUGCCCUCCCUCCCCUCCAACCCCCACACGACUCUCUGCUCUCUGCACUUGGGGGCGCUCGCCAUGUCCGAUCAAAGUGCUCUCGACGUCUUGGCGUCCCAUGGGGUCACCUGUCUCUUGUCUUCUCAUGGCCAGGUUCCCCUCUCCUCCCUUGAAAACCGGUCAGUCUGCAUCCUCUUCUCUGCAAAUUGGUGCAGGCCUUGUAGAACCUUCGUUCCUCAGCUGGCGCGGCUGUACGAGACCGUGAAUGCUGCUGGUGAGCAUCCGCUGGAGAUCCUGUUCGUUUCCUCGGAUCACGACGAGAAGGCUUUCGAUGAGCACUUCCGGUGCAUGCCCUGGCUCGCCGUCCCCUUCGAUGCGAGCUUGCACGGACGGCUCAAUAAACACUACCGCGUCCAUCGCAUUCCAUCCCUUGUUCCGUUGACUUCGGAAGAGAUGCCGGGUCAUGACGAGUUGAUUGGCAUGAUAGAAGAUUACGGAGCUGAAGCAUUCCCUUUCACGAAGAAAAGGCUAGAGGAGCUCAAGCUUCUCGAUGCUUCCAGGCGCGAAGGUGGAAACUUGGAGCGCCUAUUGGCCGGGGAAGGUCGAGACUGUCUUCUCCUCUCCGACGGUGGAGCUGGAAGGCUGCCGGUACCCCAUCUCGUUGGAAAGACCGUGGGGCUCUACUUCGGGGCAAGCUGGAGCCCCCCGUGUUCUGAUUUCACCCAACAACUCAAGGAAGCUUAUGCGGAGCUCAAAGCAGCCGCUAGAGAUCAAUGCUUCGAGGUCAUAUUCGUGUCGACGGAUGGUAAUAAGGAGGAAUUCGAGGCGGGCACGAGCAGCAUGCCGUGGCCGUUCAUUCCAUACGAGGACAAGAGCCGAAAGGACCUGUGCAGGAUCUUCGGCAUCCGGAGGAUUCCGGCGCUGAUAAUCGUGGGCCGAGACGGGAGGACGGCGAGCCGGGAGGGGAGGGAGAUGGUGUCGGAGUACGGGGCGAUGGGGUUCCCGUUCACGGCGGAGAGGAGGAGGGAGAUAGAGGAGGCGCUGAGGGAGGAAGGGGAGAAGCUGGGGAGGAGGGAGGUGAAGGACGCGAGGCACGAGCAUGCGCUGAAGCCGGGGAUGGCCAAGGCGUAUGUAUGCGACUCCUGCAAGAGAGAAGGCAGGUUCUGGGCCUUGUCCUGUGAAGACUGCAACUACGACCUUCACCCCACCUGCUUGAAUUAGCAUCCGACUCGUGCAUGGUACAUUCUUAGUUGCACUUGAAUUAGCAUCCGAAUGCUACUACGACCUUCACCCCCACCUGCUUGAACUAAUAUCUUGACUCGGGCAUUGGCAGAUUCUUAGUUGCACUUUUGGAUGUGAUUGUAAUGUAACCUAUCGAAUGCUACUUACUACACUCGAUUUGAUGAGACCUCUCUACUACUUAUAUCAAAGUGGCGCAUGCCAUCUCAUCGACGACUAAUCCUAUCGAGGCAACUACCAAACAUUCCAAGCCUCGGCUUGGCUCUUUAUUUUUUAGCAUUGGACUGA